AGGCGCGGGUGCUAGGGUCUCUGGCACCUGGGAGAUCCCCUUCCUCCCCGCAUGGAAAAGCCAAGUUGGGAAGAGGAAUUCCACCUCCAGUGCCCGAGGGGCUAAGAGGAGAGGGGAAGAGAGUGAGGGAGACAGUAAUUGCUUUAACAAUCCCUUACUUGUAGACUGCGUCAGCUUUUAAGUCUCUUUCCCAUUCAUAAUCUCAUUUAAUUCCAUUCUCUUUCUCAUUCAUUCUUUCAUUUAUUCAGCAAAUAUUUAUUGAGCAUCUCCUAUGUGUCUGGCAUUAUGUUAAAACCUGGAGAUACAGUGAUUGUUAAGUGUUGGGCUUCUCGGGAGAAUCAAAGCGCAAAGCUCUAUGGCUUUUUUUAAAAAAAUUAUUAUUCCUUUCUUUUCUUUUCUUUUUUUGUUUUUCUAAAGCUCUGCCACUUACGGUGUGGUUUUGGAGAAACUGGUUUAUCUGUGCCUCAGGUUUCCCACCUGUAAAGCAAAGCGUGUGAAAUCUCACAGGGUUGUUGUGAGGCUCAAAUGAGAUAAUGUUGGGGAAAGAUCUUUAUAAAUCUCACAACACUAUGUGACUGGAUGAUGAUGAUUAAUUUGCACCAAUCUGUUAGUUGCUUGUUUGUUCAUGUAAGCCUUUACAUUAUUUCAUGCUUUAGUUGAGCUUGAAAUCUGAAUUGAGAACCUGGGCAUGAGUCCCAAUUUGUCCAGCUGUGUGAUCUUAAGCAACCAACUAAACUACUCUGAGCCUGUUUCAUCAUCUGAAAAAUGAGGGUGUCAAUAUUGACCAACCUCUUAGUGUUGGUGUAUUCAAUGAGAUACUGGAUACACCAGUGAAAAGUGUGUUCUUCAGUGUAAAUAAAUGUUGGCUAACAUUGUAUUUAGGGCAGAUUCUUUGGUUUCUAAUUCUCAAUGCAGUAUUUCUGUUUCUGUGGGAUUUUUCCCGCUGUAAUAUCCAGUACAGUGUGUGCACACUUGGGGCUCGGAAGCUUCUACUGCCUUCCUUUCUGAGAGGAGAGGAUAAAAUGGGACCAGUGGGACUGUGCGUGCUGAGCCUGUGAUCAAGCCAUGGGCCAGGUCCUCUGACUUCUGCUGACCUGGUGGCCCUGAUCUCUGGCCUCGGAGGACGCUUGCCCAGGGAUUCUCACUGCUGUUGGUGUUGUCCUGCACUCCCAGGCUCCAGGUCCUCCGGAGAAGAGGGCAUUGUCCCUAUAGGGCAAGAGUCCCGAGCCUCAGGUCUUCCUCUUCAGGGGCCAAAGCAGAGGCUGGCGAGUCAGGGUGCAUGCAAAGAGGAAGCCCAGGAGUUUCCCUAGGGUUACCAGAGGGCUGGGGGCCUAGUGACCAGGAAAGGGUGGUGCAGGCAGUGGUACAGGGGGUGGUGCUCUGAGAGCCCAGGGUGCUUGGGUUAAUCAUCACUGGGGCUCAGAUAAGGCCCUGCCAACUGGAAGCAGAGUCGUUGUGACCAGAGGGGUUUGUGUGGCUGAAGAGGCAGGUGGAACAGUGUAUCCACAGCGUGGGACCAUGCCAGGCACAAAACGGUUUCAACAUGUCAUUGAGACCCCGGAGCCUGGCAAGUGGGAGUUGUCUGGGUACGAGGCAGCUGUGCCAAUCACAGAGAAGUCAAACCCACUGACCCAGGAUCUAGACAAAGCAGAUGCUGAGAACAUUGUUCGACUGCUGGGGCAAUGUGAUGCUGAGAUCUUCCAGGAGGAGGGGCAAGCCCUGCCCACAUACCAGAGACUCUACAGCGAAUCCAUUCUGACCACCAUGGUACAGGUGGCUGGGAAAGUUCAGGAAGUGCUGAAGGAGCCAGAUGGGGGGCUGGUUGUGCUGAGUGGAGGGGGCACCUCUGGCCGGAUGGCAUUCCUCAUGUCGGUGUCCUUUAAUCAGCUGAUGAAAGGUCUGGGACAGAAACCUCUUUACACCUACCUCAUUGCAGGGGGUGACAGGUCUGUGGUGGCCUCUAGGGAGGGGACAGAAGAUAGUGCCUUGCACGGGAUUGAGGAACUGAAGAAGGUGGCUUCCGGGAAGAAGAGGGUGAUUGUCAUUGGCAUUUCUGUGGGACUGUCUGCUCCCUUUGUCGCAGGCCAGAUGGACUACUGCAUGAACAACACAGCUGUCUUCUUGCCAGUCCUGGUUGGCUUCAAUCCAGUGAGCAUGGCCAGAAAUGACCCCAUUGAAGACUGGAGUUCAACAUUCCGACAAGUAGCAGAGCGGAUGCAGAAAAUGCAGGAGAAACAGAAAGCUUUUGUGCUCAAUCCUGCCAUCGGGCCCGAGGGUCUCAGCGGCUCCUCCCGGAUGAAAGGUGGAAGUGCCACCAAGAUUCUGCUGGAAACCCUGUUAUUAGCAGCCCAUAAGACUGUGGACCAGGGCAUUGCAGCAUCUCAAAGAUGCCUCCUGGAAAUCUUGCGGACAUUUGAGCGAGCUCAUCAGGUGACCUACAGCCAAAGCCCCAAGAUUGCCACCCUGAUGAAGAGCAUCAGCACCAGUCUGGAGAAGAAAGGCCACGUGUACCUGGUUGGCUGGCAGACCCUGGGCAUCAUUGCCAUCAUGGACGGAGUAGAGUGCAUCCACACCUUUGGCGCUGAUUUCCAAGAUGUCCGUGGCUUUCUCAUUGGUGAUCACAGUGACAUGUUUAACCAGAAGGCUGAGCUCACCAACCAGGGUCCCCAGUUCACCUUCUCCCAGGAGGACUUCCUGACUUCCAUCCUUCCCUCCCUCACGGAAAUCGACACUGUGGUCUUCAUUUUCACCCUGGAUGACAACCUCACGGAGGUGCAGACUCUAGUGGAGCAGGUGAAAGAGAAGACCAGCCACAUCCAGGCCCUGGCACACAGCACCGUGGGUCAGACCUUGCCGAUCCCUCUGAAGAGGCUCUUUCCCUCCAUCAUCAGCAUCACAUGGCCACUGCUUUUCUUUGAAUAUGAAGGGAACUUCAUCCAGAAGUUCCAGCGUGAGCUAAGCACCAAAUGGGUGCUGAAUACAGUGAGUACAGGUGCUCAUGUGCUUCUUGGUAAGAUCCUACAAAACCACAUGUUGGACCUUCGGAUUAGCAACUCCAAGCUCUUCUGGCGGGCACUGGCCAUGCUGCAGCGGUUCUCUGGACAGUCCAAGGCUCGAUGCAUCGAGAGCCUCCUCCGAGCGAUCCACUUUCCCCAGCCACUGUCAGAUGAUAUUCGGGCUGCUCCCAUCUCCUGCCAUGUCCAGGUUGCACAUGAGAAGGAACAGGUGAUCCCCAUCGCCUUGCUGAGCCUCCUAUUCCGGUGCUCGAUCACUGAGGCUCAGGCACACCUGGCUGCAGCUCCUUCUGUCUGUGAGGCUGUCAGGAGUGCUCUUGCUGGGCCAGGUCAGAAGCGCACUGCGGACCCCCUCGAGAUCCUAGAGCCUGACGUUCAGUGAACCCAUGUUUCUGGGUGGGUGAAAGGGGCCCAACCCUGGCCACUUCAGCCCAGCCCACCCAAGGGGACUUGUGCCAGCAGCACAUGUGGGAGGAAGAAGCCCGGUUUCCAGGGCAUCAGCAGCCCGGGUUAGGGAGAAAUAUUCUCUCCACUUUGGGGGAGAGUUCUUGUUCUUGACCUAGUGGUUUCUACUCUCACCGACUUAUUCUGAUUUCAGAAAUAAAAUGAAAUGUCUUAUUUUGGAAAGU